GCCCCAUUCAGCCAGAGGAACCUGUGUUUAAAAUCCUGUUCCAUGGACAAGCCAUCCACUGAAACUAACCACAGAGACCCAGAACUACAACGGAGCCCAGCAGUGAUGUUUCACGACCCUCCACCUCCCUCACCCCAGCUACACCAGUCCCCAGCCCAGUUAACCCAGUCCCCAGCCCAGUUAACCAGGUCCUACUCCCAGUCCAGCCAGUUAACCCAGUCCCCAGCCCAGUUAACCAGGUCCUACUCCCAGUCCAGCCAGUUAACCCAGGCCCCAGCCCAGCUAACCCAGUCCCCAGCCCAGUUAACCCAGUCCCCAGCCCAGUUAACCAGGUCCUACUCCCAGUCUAGCCAGUUAACCCAGUCCCCAUCCCAGUUAACCAGGUUCUACUCCCAGUCCAGCCAGUGCUCCCAGUCUUCAGUCUUUCCUAAGUCCCAGACACUGACAGAGGCCCACAACAUCAAUGCUGCUGUCCUCAGUUCUGGGGUGCUCUGUCUGCCUGGAACAAGAGAUAGGGGGGGUCGAGCCCUGGUGACCGUGACCACGAGGAACACCGGCUGGUUGAACCCCAGCUGUGACUGUGGAGAACUGGUCAGAAUCCUGGUCUACUACUACACAAUGCUCAGGAAGGAGGUGCGUUCCCUAGGGUUGACAGUCGUGGUAGACUCCCGGCGGUGCUCCCCUGUCCCCGCUCUGUUCAGCGCCUUCAACAUACUUCAGGAUGCUUUGCCCGGCUGUAUCUACACUGUCCUGCUACUGGCUGAUAGAGACCUGGUUCUACGCCUGGAGAAACCCUCAGCCGUACAGGUGGAGUUGUUGACCUCUCUGAAGUCUCUCUAUAAGCAUGUGGAGGUGUCUCAGCUGCCUACUGAGUUUGAUGGAUCCUUCCCCUUUUCACACAGCGCCUGGGUCUGCUUCAGAACGAGACUGGAACAGCUAACCAGUCACUGUGAGGACGCUGUCAACCUUCUGCAGAGUACCAUCACAGGUCUGGAGUCUACUGUCCUGCCAGCUACCGCUGAGGAGGCCCAGGUGUUACUUGCCAGGUACAGGGGUGUGAUGUGCACCGUCCUGGAGGACAGCCGAUUGGCUAGAUUACAGCUGGAGGGCGGAGCCAUCCUGUCUCGCCUCCGUAAAGAGGAAACCAGUGUCAGCCUCAGAGACGACUACAGAGAUGCCGUAGAGGUUGUGGCUGGUCUGUACGAUCAGGUGGAUGAGCUGGUUCACAAGCUGGUGAUGCUGUCCAACCAACGCACUCAGGAACUGGACUUUAUCAUGGAGUUCAAGAGUCUGGAGCAGGGAUUCAAGGAGGUGAGUGACUGGAUUGAGGAGGUUGGAGAGAGCCGUCUGAGAACGCUCGGAGAGCUGGAGGAUUCUCUGGAGCAGCUGCAUAGGAAACAGACCCUCUUCAGAGACUUCUACACUGCUGCCUACGAGCACUGUAAGGGAGGCGAGGCGCUGCUGAAACGUCUAGAACACUGGGAAGACUUGUCGUCAGCCGAGCUGCAGGUGUACGAGGUCAAAGUUCGAUCCUUCUGGGUCCACCUGCACGACUUCUCCCAGAGGGUAGAAGACACCAAGACCAACAUCGACAAGACCGUACGUCUCUACGAGUUCUUCGACAAGGCGUAUGAGUGGGCGUUGGAGGGGAUGCGUCACCUGGCCAGCAUCAGCAUGGAGGACUGCAUGGUGCCCGACAAGAGCCAGGGGGUGAUCAGCUGUCUGGAGGGGUACCGCCGGCAGCACCCCCCAAUCCCCGACCCCCGCUUCCAGGAGAUGAAGGAGCUGGCUGGGGAGAUGAAGAGCGAGCAGGGCCUCAAACAGUGGAAGUUCGCCUGGUCCAAGUGCCAGGAGACCAAGCAGAUGUUUGAGAAGAAGCUGGAGGCCGCUCUGAGGACGAGGCGAGCCCUGCCCACGGGAGAGUCCCCCGGGUCGGGUACAGCGGGUGCAGGGAAGGACGGCGGGAUAGGGGACGCCAUCCCCAGACGUUACUCUGACGUUAACAACGACGUGGGACAGGAGAGGAGCCGCAGCGUGUCACACGCCUGUAGAAAGGCCUUUAGUGGGGUGUGGGGGGUCAGAGAGAGGCUGUCCUCCACCUCCAGCUCUGCCUCAGCUCAGUCGGCCUGCAGCCUAAGACAGGAGACACCCCUAACCUCCUCUCCCUACGGUCUGGUGCACAGGCUCCCCCUCACCCCCCUCUCCACCCAGCUCCUCACCCGUAGCACCUCCUCCGAGGAGUCGUCCCACGGGGUUCGUAUUGAAGCGCAGGGCCGUAGCUCCUCCUGCUCCUUCUCCCCCUCCCUGACCCCCCUGGAGCCGAGCUCCGCCCCUAACCCUGCUCGCCGACCCCCGCUCCGCAAGACCCAGAGCUUCGACUGCCAGAGCCCCGCCCCCGCCUCCCCUGACUCCUCCCGCUAUGGGACCUGUCAGCGUACGCUGAGCGAGCCGGCGCGGCGCGGCAACACUGGGGUGUUUAUUAAAGGCCUGGAGGUCAGUAGUAGGGAGGUGGCUGAGCGACCCUACUCCCCCAGAAUGACGCCUCCUGGCUGGGCAGCAGGAGAGGCACUGAGGACUCCCUCCAUCAGCACUACCAGUAGUCCUGUACCAGAGAACCGCGCCAAGGGCAGUAAGCUGCGUCACAUCGUGGAUGAGAUGGUGACCACGGAGAGGGAGUACGUGCGUUCCCUCCGUUACAUCAUCGAGCACUACUUCCCCGAGAUGGAGAGAGGAGACCUCCCGCAGGACCUCAGGGGAAAACGCAGCGUCAUCUUUGGGAACCUGGAGAAGCUUAUGGACUUCCACAGCCAGUACUUCCUCAAGGAGUUGGAGAGCUGCUGCAACCACCCUCUGAGGGUGUCACACUGCUUCCUACGACACCAAGACGCGUUCGGCCUGUACGCUCUGUACAGUAAGAACAAGCCUCGGUCUGAUACGCUGUUGGCCAGCCACGGAAACAGCUUCUUCAGGAACAAGCAGCUGAAGCUGGGAGAUAAGAUGGACCUGGCCUCCUACCUGUUAAAGCCCAUCCAGAGGAUGGCUAAAUACGCUCUCCUCCUCAAAGACCUGAUCAAGGAGGUGAGCGAGGCGCAGGAGACAGAGCUGGGCUACCUCCGAGCCGCCGCGGAGAUGGUCAAGUUCCAGCUGCGUCACGGCAACGACCUGCUCGCCAUGGACGCCAUUCGAGACUGUGAUGUGAACCUGAAGGAGCAGGGUCAGCUGGUCAGACAGGAUGAGUUCUGGAUCUGGUAUGGCAGGAAGAAGUGUCAGCGCCAUGUCUUCCUGUUUCAAGACCUGGUGCUGUUCAGUAAACCCAAACGCAUCGAAGGAGGACUGGACGUUUACAUCUACAAACACUCCUUUAAGACGGCAGACGUGGGGAUGACAGAGACAUCUGGGGACAACAGUCUUCGUUUCGAGGUGUGGUUCAGACGCAGGAGCAGUAAGAACCAGACGUAUGUCCUGCAGGCCUCCAACGCAGACAUCAAACACGCCUGGACCUCCAACAUCGCACGUAUCCUCUGGCAGCAGGCUACCCGGAAUAAAGAGAUCCGUAAUCAGGAGAUGGUUUCCAUGGGAGUGGGUAACAAGCCGUUCCUGGACAUUAAACCCAGUGAUGCUGCCAUCAACGACAGGGCUAUAGACUACAUCAUGAAGGGACGAGGUGCCAGAACUCGAGCCUCCAUUGCCGUGUCCCUGUUCGACCACUCCAACCCUUUCAAGCGUACAGCGUCGAGUAACGGGGGGUCUGGCGGUGGGGCCCCUGCUGCGUCUGGCUCCUGCACUCUCCUGGGGCCCCUCAACCUGCACAUGUACAGCAGCCACAGCCAGGCCCUGCUGCCCGGGGGAGAGAGGCCCUUCAUCAACCCGUGUAUGGAGGAAGACGAGUUGGAGCACGAGACCAGCAGCCAGCCAUCCAUGAAGAAGGAGUAG